CUGUCUGUCUAUCUCGUCCUGUCUGUUGCUCCAUGCUGGCAACAGCAUCUGCACUGUUGGCAGGAGUGACCAGAAUAAAAACAGGAACACCAGACAUCGGGGAGGGAAAAAGGCAAAGUGAUCCAUUGAACGCUAGACUUUGCCCUAUCCUAAUUACGUCGUGUCCUGUAUCUUUUUCUCUCUUUUCCUUUUUUUCCACUCUCCAAGACUUUGGGCUAUCGUGGUAGUCAAAUAGAGGAGCAUAAAACGUGCAUAUCCAGGAGAGAGGUGCCGUAUUGUGGAGCGAGAUGGCUACCAGAGAGGUUCUGCUGUUCUUCUGUGGACUCUUCCUCGUUGCUGUGAUUCAACCGUCCCUCCAAGGCGGUGUGUUCGUGCCUGCUGGUGCAGGAGUUGGACCAGGUGGAGUUGGACCAGGUGGGGCGGGACCGGGAGCGGCCCUCUUUCCAGGUGCCGGGAGAGUACCGGCGGGCUACAAACCGGCUAAAGCAGCGGCGGGAGGUUAUGGAGGGGGUCGAGGUAUAGGGCCUGGAGGGUUUCUUCCCGGUGGUCAUGGAACAGGUGGCUUGGGCACUGGAGGACUGGGUGCAGCAGGAGCCGGUGGAAAGGGUCCCAAACCAGGCUAUGGGAACCUCGGUGCUGGGGGUCUAGGUGCUGGUGGUCUAGGGGCUGGAGGUCAAGGGGCCGGAGGUCUUGGGGCUGGUGGAGUCGGAGCAGGAGGUGGCUACGGUGGAUACGGAGGGCCCGUCGGUGGAGCAGGUGGCUUUUUCCCUGGUGGAGCGGGGCAGAAGGGUCCUAAACCAGGCUAUGGAGCACAUGGCGUGCGUCUAGGUGGACUAUACCCAGGCUACGGGGGAGUCUUGCCAGGAGCCGGGUUGGGAGGCGCUGGUCUGCAGCCAGGCCUAGGCGCAGGAGUCAAAGGUCCCAAACCACCGAAAGGAGGAUAUGGGCCUGGUGGUGCAGGAUAUGGGCCUGGUGGUGCAGGAUAUGGGCCUGGUGGUGCAGGAUAUGGGCCUGGUGGUGCUGGAUAUGGGCCUGGUGGUGCAGGAUAUGGGCCUGGUGGUGCUGGAUACGGGCCUGGUGGUGCAGGAUAUGGGCCUGGUGGUGCAGGAUAUGGGCCUGGGGGUGCUGGAUACGGGCCUGGGGGUGCAGGAACCGGAGCUGCAGUUCCUGCUGGAGUGCCUGUCAUUCCCCAGACGGGACUGCCGGGAGGAGUCAAUCCUGCUGCUGCAGCUGCUGCUGCUAAGAAAGCUGCAAAACUGCCAGGUGUUGGCCUGCCUGGUCUGUACCAAGGAGGCCUCGUACCAGGACAAGGGUUCGGUGGUCUUGGAGUUCUCCCCGGGGUAGCCACUGGCACUGGACUAAACCCUAAAUCACUUCCCGGCGGAGGUCAGGGAGGAGCAGGCACAGCAGGAGGCCGUGGCUACGGUGGACCAAUGCAACCCGGGGUUUUCCAUGGAUAUCCGCUCAAAACACCCAAAGUGCCAGGUGCCUAUGGAGCAAAGAAAGCUGCUGGUGGCAAAGUUCCAUAUGGCUAUGGGGGCUUCGGGACCGGGGGAGCUGGCAGUCUUCCUGGUGGGCAAGGAGGUGCCGGGUCCAACCCAGGGUACCCCAUCGGAACCGGGGUGGGCGCGGGAGGAAUCUCACCGGCCCAGGCUAAAGCUGCCAAAUACGGUGUGGCUGCGGGUGCAGUGCCAGGUGGUGUACCGGGAGCUGGAGGUGUCUACCCAGGACAAGCCUACCCCGGUCAGGCCUACCCAGGACAACAGCCAGGGCAAGCCUACCCAGGACAAGCCUACCCAGGACAGCAGCCAGGGCAAGGAGGUAUACCACUAUACUAUGGUUACGGAGCAGCUGCAAAGGCAGCUAAAUACGGUCUUCCAGGGGCAGGGGCGGUCCCGGGUGCUGGGGUAGUGGCUGGAGGUGCAGGCCUCCCUGGGGGAGUCCCAGGAGGAGUCCCUGGAGGAGUCCCUGGAGGAGUCCCAGGAGCUGGGGGGUAUUCAGCGGCGGCUAAAGCUGCUAAAUAUGGAAUAGGAGGAGCUGGUCUCGGAGCCGGAGGAUACAACCCCGCAGCAGGGGGAUACAACCCCGCAGCCGCAGGAUACAACCCCGCAGCCGCAGGAUACAACCCCGCAGCCGCAGGAUACAACCCCGCAGCCGGGGGAUACAACCCUGGAGCAGGGGGAUACAACCCUGCAGCAGGGGGAUACAACCCUGCAGCAGGGGGAUACAACCCAGCAGCAGGGGGAUACAACCCUGCAGCAGGGGGAUACAACCCCGCUGCCGCCAAAGCUGCUAAAUAUGGACUAGGAGGAGCAGGUCUCGGAGCAGGAGUAGGGCCAGGAGCAGGUGGACAAGUUGCAGGAGGACCAGGGGCAGGCCUCGGGGGAAGAGGAGUCGGAGCCGGAGGAUACAACCCCGCUGCCGGAGGAUACAACCCCGCUGCCGGAGGAUACAACCCCGCUGCCGCCAAAGCUGCUAAAUAUGGACCUGGAGGGGCAGGCCUCGGAACAGGAGGACUAGGGGCAGGAGGAGUAGGACCAGGAGGAGUAGGACCAGGAGGAGCAGGCCUUGGGGCAGGAGGAUACAACCCCGCUGCCGGAGGAUACAACCCCGCUGCCGCCAAAGCUGCUAAAUAUGGACCUGGAGGAGCAGGCCUCGGAACAGGAGGACUAGGGGCAGGAGGAGUAGGACCAGGAGGAGCAGGCCUUGGAGCAGGAGGAGUAGGACCAGGAGGAGCAGGCCUUGGAGCAGGAGGAUACAACCCCGCUGCCGGAGGAUACAACCCCGCUGCUGCCAAAGCUGCUAAAUAUGGACCUGGAGGAGCAGGCCUCGGAACAGGAGGACUAGGGGCAGGAGGAGUAGGACCAGGAGGAGUAGGACCAGGAGGAGCAGGCCUUGGGGCAGGAGGAUACAACCCCGCUGCCGGAGGAUACAACCCUGCUGCCGCCAAAGCUGCAAAAUAUGGAACAGGAGGAGUAGGAGCAGGCCUUGGAGCAGGAGGAUACAACCCUGCAGCCGGAGGAUACAACCCUGCUGCCGCCAAAGCUGCUAAAUAUGGACCUGGAGGUCUAGGAGGAGCAGGAGGACUAGGAGGAGCAGGAGGACUAGGAGGAGCAGGAGGACUAGGAGGAGCAGGAGGAGGGGGAAGAGGAGUCGGAGCAGGAGGAUACAACCCCGCUGCCGGAGGAUACAACCCUGCUGCCGCCAAAGCUGCUAAAUAUGGAUUAGGAGGAGUAGGCUUUGGAGCAGGAGGAACGCGUCCAGGAGCCGGAGGAGCGGGAACAGGAGCAGGAGGAUACAACCCAUCAGCAGGGGGAUACAACCCUGCAGCAGGGGGAUACAACCCUGCAGCAGGGGGAUACAACCCUGCAGCAGGGGGAUACAACCCCGCAGCCGCAGGAUACAACCCCGCUGCCGCCAAAGCUGCUAAAUAUGGACUAGGAGGACUAGGAGGAGCAGGAGGAGCAGGUGGACAAGUUGCGGGAGGACCAGGGGCAGGCCACGGGGGAAGAGGAGUAGGAGCCGGAGGAUACAACCCCGCUGCCGGAGGAUACAACCCUGCUGCCGCCAAAGCUGCUAAAUAUGGUGUGGACGUUAAUGCAGCGCCCAUUAGUGUUGCAGGAGGAGCCGGGGGGCCUACAGUAGGGGGAGCACUGCCUGAACCAAGAGGAGAUGGAGGAUUCUCUGACUCCAAGACUGAUAAAUAUGCGGAAUCAGGGAUCACCGGCACCGGUAUACACUUGCACCCCACUCCAGGGCAGGCUGUGGAGGUGCGGCCAGGUCUAACUGGUGGGGCGUCUCCGGCUGGGACGGGUGUCCCUGUCGAUAGUAAACCAGCAAAGGAAGUAGGUUUAGAAGGAACGCCUGGCCCAGAGUCCACGCCUAUUGCCCCAGAGGUCACAAAGCCGAGUGUUGGUGGUGGAGUUGUUCAACCUAGUGGCGCUGCUGAAACUGGUCUGAAACCAGCAAAGAGUUAUGUAGCAGUUGGGACUGGGGGAACUGGCGGCGGAGGGAUUCGUAACCCCUGGCUCGGCUACGGAAAUCCCUACGGUGCUGGAGUGGGCCUGGGAGGCGGGCCCGGAGGUGUGCUGCCCUUAGCUAAACCACUGAAGCCCCCAGCGUUUGGCGGAGCCGGCGGGGCUGGCAUUCCUCUGUCGGCCGGACUUCCUGCAGGAGGAUACGGUCCAUACGGUCCAUAUGGUCAAGGUUAUGGACAGGGUGGACAGGUGUACCCUGCUACUGGGGGGCUGGGACCCGGUGGAGCAGGAGGUUACGGCAAUCUGGGAGCUGCUGGGGGAUAUCCACAAGGUGCUGUUGCUCCGGGUUACGGUGGUGGAUACCCACAGCAGGCUGGAGGUGGAUAUGUCCCUGCCCCACUGACUCCUCAACAAGCCAAAGCAGCAAAGUAUGGAGCGUUGGGGGGAUUCCUUGGGGGUGCAGGAGGAGGAGCCUACCGGGGUUGCCAGGGGAAGUUUUGUGGCAGGAGGAAGUAAAGGAUCUCUGGGCUACGCUGUGACCUCAAGAAACCAUGGUGCUACUGCAUGAUGUCGAAUGUACAUUUUGUAUGCAAACACAUCCCCCGAUUAGAGAGCAUGUAGGGAUGGUUGAUACUUACUUUGUCCUACAGACCCACCGACUCAGAAUUUUGUAAAACUUAUCUUUGAUGAAGCUAGUUGAACUGAUGAAUGAUAUGAUAACAUGUCAGUUUAUCAUAUGAUGACAUGACAUUUGUUUUGUUUUGUUUGUUGUACCGCUUAUAGGGUCAGAUGAAGAAAGUGUUUUUGAACAGACAACCCGCCCUCAUUGCUACUAGGUUAAGUCCAAUAAAAUAAAUAAAAACUAGAAUAUAGAAAUAGUUAUAUGUUUUAAAUUCGAGAGAAACAGUGUUUUUUGCAGAAGUCUGUGUUUAUGCCCCUUCAACCUAGCCUGGUGAAAUAUCACUUGUUUAGAGGACAAAGGGAUUGACGCGUGCGUGCUAACACAACCGUACAAUACCAUCUUGUAAUCGACUGUGCACACUGUAGGCAUUUGGUCCUCCAUCCUUGGAUGUGUUAGGGUUAACCCUGCAUAUCCUAAGGAGGUGGAGGUGAGAGGUAGAAGGCAUGUCCCUGGUGCUGACGCAUACUUCUUCAUGGUGCAUGUUCUCUGUUCAUGUUAAGCUUGUGACUGUAAAGAGCAGCCAGUUUGCCAGGUUGUUAUGACCUGCUCUCCUCAACAAUGGUCAUUCUAUGCAGUUAAGCAGCCCUGAUGUCUCCUUAUUUCUACCAUGACCAAAAGUGUAAAUGAAUGAAGGACCGUUUUCUGCUCUGGAUUAUUGUAUGCCAGAAGGUGUUUCAUGUCCUUAAAAAAAACAACGUUAGGAUACUGCUCUGGUAUGUACAUUGUUGCAGGACAAUGACUUGAGUGUUGAGUGUGGUAUGGUGCUUUAUUCACCCUCAAGUGUAGUCUCCCUUAUUAAGGCUUUCUGUAUUUACAUUUAGGCAACAUGUCAUUAUUCAAGAUUCUGUUUUCACCCGACCUUAUUUUCCUCAUAAUUUUGUCAUUAGCAGGUAUGUCUGAACAAGAAGUGAGAAAAUAUGUUUUAAACUUUGCUUCAGCAUUUAUUCACUGUUGAGAAUUAUACUGACUAAGAGCUUUGUUCAAAGAGGGAGACUACCUAUGUGUUUAUGCCCUGUCUAAGUGGGACUUUACCGACUUGAGUUACAUUAAAGGAAGUCUCACGCGUGAUCAGCUCAACUAAUAAUAGACUCCCUCUUUAUAUAUGUGUGUACUGUAUUUUAUACCAGUUGGACUUAAGCGCACUUGGUUCUAUUUCGUGCUUCUGUAAGAACUAUAUUUGAGCCUUGCUAGGUCCGACCUUGUCUUCUGUGCCGUGAGAUACUAUGUUCAUCUUAAUUUAAAAAAAGAAAUUAAAAGGAGAACCAUGGGGAUUUUGCACUUUUUUGUAUUUCUACGACACACUAUGACAUGCGCCAGACAUCCUGGCAUUUUAUUUGCUUCAUAAGAUAACAAAAUAAAAUGUGUUUAAA